AUGGAACACCGAGAUCUUUGGCCGGGCCGGGAACCCGAACCCGAACCCGAGCCUGAGCACCUAGGACAUCUACCAACAACCCAGCACGUCGAGCUCCCUGCGCGCCAGCUUCCGUCAUCUUCCACUCUACCAAUACCUUAUACUCUACCAAUAUCUGAUAGACGAUGCAUAGAACUCGGGGCAAUAUCGGACUCGCGAAGACCAAAUCUUUACCUCCGCCAAAGAUGGACACAGCCCAUAGAAUCCCUUGUGCAACGACUGAGAAACCAUUCGCUGAGGUCUCGGGGCAGCUACGCUGAUGCUCGAUCCGACUCUACCAAUAUGCCGGUUUUGCGGCACCACGGGAGAAUAUUCCGAGCGUUACGACGGAGCGACCAUGACUUGAUGGAUUUCGACCAACAUCAGGAUGUAGUGAGGAUACCGCCGACAUUAGUCAAGGCACCUGCUGAGACACCGCCGUUGGGCAAUCAGACACCGUCCAGUGCUUCGAGCACUCUCACACACUAUCAUCAAUUCCAGGCAGCAGCACUACAGCCGGAAAGUCAAGUACCACCAACUACAGCUCACAUUACCUCAAUGCGAAUAAUUACGGAGGUUGCUGAGACCCACAGUCACGGCCCCCUGGUUGAGGUUGAUUCAAAACCUGAUCUGGGUUGUGACGAUCUCGACCUCGAUGAAGGGUACGGCGAUGGAACUGACGACUUUGCAUGGACAAACGAUGGCCGCAGUCUCAUUCAGAGUCUUGCCAACCAUGCUCGGAAGAGUGGAGCUUUAAAGUACAGAACAUCUGCAGAGGCUGCGAUGGAGUGCUCUCAAAUUGUGCACAAGGUUCCUCGGAUGCGGAGGCGGCGACACAAGAAGAACCAGACAAGACUCCGAGCAUCCUCUACAGCAAGCACCUGCGCAUUUGACAGCCAAAACUUCACCUCCAGUAUUGGUGUCAAUGAAAGGGUCCAAUUGGAUUCCUGA